UGUGUGUUACGUUCCUGGGAAGGUUCUACCAGAGUCUAAAGGACAACAAUGUUGAGUUCACACCUGCCAGUAUUGAAAAGGAGCUCUUGAAAUCCUGCAAAGAAGCAAAAGGCAAAGAGAACCGCCUGUGCUAUUACAUUGGGGCCACAAGUGAUGCAGCCACCAAAAUCAUUAACGAGGUAUCAAAGCCCAUGAGUCAUCACAUCCCUGUGGAAAAGAUCUGUGAGAAACUAAAGAAGAAAGACAGUCAGAUCUGUGAACUAAAAUAUG